UAUCUCAUUCGCUCCCGGGACACACGCACCGUGCGCCCUCCUCAUGUGGCUCGGAGCCCGCUGGGCCGUGCUUUGCUCGUUUGUGCGCGCCCCUCGUUCUGCUCCGGCCGCCGCCAUGAGUACUGGUACCUUUGCAGUGUCGCAGCCCCUCAAUUACCGCGGCGGGGCCCGCGUGGAGCCGGCGGACGCCUCCGUCAGGGAGCAGGCUUUCGAGCCAGCCACGGGCCGAGUGAUAGCUACUUUUGCAAGUUCAGGAGAAAAGGAAGUCGAUUUGGCUGUUCAGAAUGCAAAGGCCGCCUUUAGAAUCUGGAGGAAAAAGUCUGGCAUGGAGCGCAGCCGGAUCCUUCUGGAAGCGGCCAGGAUUAUAAGGGAGCGGAAGGAUGAAAUCGCCACAAUGGAGACCAUCAACAAUGGCAAGUCCAUCUUCGAGGCACGCUGGGACAUUGACACUUCCUGGCAGUGCCUGGAGUACUUCGCAGGCUUGGCCGGGUCCAUGGCUGGUGAGCAUGUCCAGCUGCCCGGUGGAUCCUUUGGUUACACCCGCAGGGAGCCCCUUGGGGUGUGUGUGGGGAUCGGAGCCUGGAACUACCCCUUCCAGAUCGCCACCUGGAAGUCAGCCCCGGCUCUGGCCUGCGGUAACGCCAUGGUCUUCAAGCCCUCCCCCUUCACGCCCGUUUCUGCUGUGCUCCUGGCUGAGAUCUACACCCAAGCGGGGGCACCUCCCGGGCUUUUCAACGUGGUGCAAGGUGGGGCGGCCACUGGCCAGUUUCUGUGUCAGCAUCCUGAUGUGGCCAAAGUCUCCUUCACCGGAAGUGUGCCCACCGGCAUGAAGAUCAUGGAGUUGUCAGCGAAAGGAGUCAAACCUGUUACCUUGGAACUUGGGGGCAAAUCUCCACUCAUCAUCUUCUCAGACUGUAACAUGGAGAAUGCUGUGAAGGGGGCGAUGAUGGCCAACUUCCUCACCCAAGGCCAGGUUUGCUGCAAUGGCACAAGAGUGUUUGUGCAAAGGGAAAUUCUUGAUAAGUUCACCGAAGAAGUGGUGAAACAGACCCAGAAGAUAAAAAUUGGAGAUCCCCUUCUGGAAGAUACAAGAAUGGGUCCCCUCAUCAACCGGCCUCACCUGGAGCGGGUCCUGGGCUUCGUCAAGUCAGCAAAGGAGCAGGGUGCUAAAGUGUUGUGUGGUGGAGACCUGUAUGUACCUGAAGACCCCAAAUUAAAAGAUGGCUACUACAUGAGACCUUGCGUAUUAACUAAUUGCAGAGAUGACAUGACCUGUGUGAAGGAAGAGAUCUUUGGACCGGUCAUGUCUAUUUUACCAUUUGACACGGAAGCCGAGGUUCUAGAACGAGCCAACGAUACCAUGUUUGGACUUGCGGCUGGCGUCUUCACCAGGGAUGUCCAGCGUGCUCACCGCGUGGCGGCCGAGCUGCAGGCGGGAACCUGUUACAUCAACAACUACAACGUCAGCCCAGUAGAGCUGCCCUUUGGGGGCUGUAAGAAGUCAGGGUUCGGCAGAGAGAACGGCCGUGUGACCAUCGAGUAUUACUCGCAGUUGAAGACCGUAUGCGUGGAGAUGGGUGAUGUGGAGUCUGUGUUUUAAGCCAGGCUGUGGGAAAAGAAGAGUUUGCUCUCUUGACCAAGGCAGGAUAACGGAGGAGGACCACUUGCAGUCCAGAUUUCAGUCAUUCAGAUUUAAACAGUGGUUUAAUGGUGUUCUUCAUCUUUCAACCCCUUUCCCCUAACUGACGAUGUGCGUAAGUGCCUCUUAUUUACACAGGAAUCAAGGCAGUUUUGAUUUUCCUGGCAGCAAAUUUCUGUGUAAGCUUUAAAAGUUAGCAACAGAUUUCCAGAAGACAGGUAGGGUUUUACAGGUAGAGAGCAUAAUCAGGAUUAUAUUUCUUCCACACAGCUGACCAGCAAUGUUAAUUCUUUAGCUAAGGAACUUCUUUCAUUGCAGUUUCCUGGCAGAAUCAGUAGAGAUGAUUUCUACUCACUGGCAUCUUUUUUUUUUUUGGGGGGGGGGUGUCUCUUAUUAUUCCUUUGAGAAAGCUAAUGACUGGGAUAGAGAAGGGAUUAGAUAAUUGACAGGGGCACUUUAAUCCAUUCUGCUAUGAUGGAAAAAAUGUAUCUCUGGUCCUAGAACUAUAGCUUGCUGUCCUUCAUGCCUGUUCAAUGCACAAAUUGGGAGUACAAAUAGAAACAUAAGUGCACAAAUUAUUUGUAUGCUAAUGUAGUAUAGUUAAAAUAAAGUCACAUUAUUAAUC